UCUUCCGAGAGGAACGCCGGAGCGCCGGUGCGGCCGUCGGAAGUGGGCUGCUGGCGCUCGGCCUGAACGGUCGCGGGCCUGGGCUUGAAGCGAGAAAGAAAGAAGGAAGCAUCCUCCAGGGGUUCAGGCUACCUUUCCAGCUAGUCCAACAACUAAGCUACCAGUUCCCAAGAGCAUUUGCACACUGGUGGAAAACAUCGGCUCCAUGUACACCAAUGUCCUUGACAACUGAUCCCCACUGCCCUCCUGCACCAGCGAACACCGGAGGCAGCCAGUGAGUUUCUUUUCAUUACCAAGUAGAUAUAAUAUCACUGCCAACAAAGCAGACUAUGCCAGUGUCUGUUCACAACAUCAUGACCACUUGAGACCACACUCGCAAUACUGGCCAGCCUAGCUUCUCUUCUUGGCAGCUGGGAUGUGAAGGAGAGAUUAACCUUGCCGCUGGUAAGUGACUAACUUACACUGAGCUGGUCCUGAGAACUGAGCUGUCUUCUCUGUAAUUGAAGAAUAUACAGCAUAAUCUUGAAGAGCUGCACAGAGAUGUAAGCCAGAGGCAUAAUGUGUGUAAUGGACUGAGAAACAAAUUAAUCUUGUUGAAAGGAUUUUUCAUCAUUUUCUUUUUUUGCCAGUGUUAGUGUUUUGCUGGCAUAGAUUGUUACUUUGUUCUGAUCCCUCUUUCUGUUGUAUUCCAAUGGGUCCCAGAAAUCCCUCUCCUGAUCCUUUAUCAGACUCAGACAGUGAGGAAGAAGAAAACACUAACUACAUGAAUGAGAGUUCUGGGGAAGAGUGGGAUUCCUCUGAAGAAGAUAAACCUGUGAUGCCCAACCUCACGCCUCUAGAGAGCCUUGCGUGGCAGGUUAAGUGCCUUUUAAAAUAUUCCACCACUUGGAAACCUUUAAACCCUAAUUCCUGGCUCUAUCACGCUAAACUCCUGGACCCAAGCACGCCUGUCCAUAUACUUCGGGAGAUAGGUCUGAGACUCUCCCAUUGCUCCCACUGUGUGCCCAAAUUGGAACCAAUUCCUGAGUGGCCCCCUCUGGCUUCAUGUGGAGUUCCACCUUUUCAGAAGCCCCUGACCAGUCCCAGCCGACUUUCUAGAAGCCAGGCCACUCUAAAUGGAGCGCUGCAAUUUGCCACCAGGCAGUUAAGUCGAACACUGAGCAGAGCUACCCCCAUACUCGACUACCUAAAACAGACCCCGAACUCAUGUGUUUCUGGUUGUUGUUGUGGCUGGUUAACUAAAACAGUUAAGGAGACAACCCGUACUGAACCCAUCAACACCACUUAUUCCUAUACUGACUUCCAGAAGGCAGUUAACAAACUCCUAAAUGCAUCGCUGUAAAGGGCUGCCGUUUGCCAGGUAGCGCUCAUGUUGCCCGUUAAGGAGUACAAAGCUCCACAGCCCGCAGCUGAGAGACUGCUCUCUUCUUAAAUAGAUAUUGCUCUCGCCUCACGGGCCGAAGUACUACCAGGAACAGAAUGUAUUCCCAGGGAGCCCCUAACUUUACUGUAGAAAAUGUGGGUUGUGAGUAAGCUCUUGGAUCAGCACUGUGGAUAAAAUGAGAAUGUCAGUGAACAACCAUAUUACACGAAGGAAGUUGACUGUUCUCUGCAUUCGUUCUUUCCCCACUUUGCUUUCUGAGGGGACUCCUGAUAACUAAAUAUUUUUCUUGAUUGGAAGAAAACAAUAGGCCGCCACCCCCUUUGCCACCCAGUCUCAGAGCCCCAUUAUGGGAAGUGGAAGUCAGUCACACCUUUCAGAGCAUACUCUGAUGUUCAUUGCUAGAGAGGUAGGUGAAUUAAAUUGAAUAACUAGACAAAAGCAAAUGAUGGAGCUAGGGGUUUAUCUAGAUACAUCUCGAUAAGGCACCCAGUUGUGCCUCCUCAUGCUGUGGAGACAAUGCAGUUUCCAAGCCAGUCUACUCACCCCAGACCUGUCAGGGUAUCUGUGAUACAGCAUGAAUCUGUCACAGGCGCUGCCGGCUUGCUAGGACUGGACCGGCCUAUAACUACAUACCUUAGGGUUUGUGUCAAACAGACACCUGCUCUAGCAGUCGUUUCCUGCACCUGACCUUAGUCGUGAGAUAAUAAAACACAUUUCAGAAGAGCAGUAAGAAAGGAGUGAGGACAUUAUGCUUCACUUGAACUGCUAGUGGACUGGAGCAUUUUAUUUGUAUAGUGUUUCCUGAAGUGAUAGUUUAUGCACUUACCCUUUGCAAACUUCAGGAACCUUUCUAAGUUAAGAAUCUUGAUACAAAGCAUUUCAGUCUAAUACAGUCUGAGGUUGAUGUUUUUUAGCAUCAUUAUUUUUCUAUGAUGUUUAAUUUAGCUUUAGACUUUCUUCUAGCUAAGCAAGGAAUAUAUAUCCUUCUAAGAGUCUUGCUGUACUUAUUUAAAUUAAUCAGAACAGAAAUCAAUGUAAUCUUGGCAUGAAACCACUGAGAAUCUUUUCACACACCUACAAUAAAGAGAGAAUCUGAAAAUAGGUUGUUAAAGAUCUAUCUUUAUUCUUAUUUUAGUUUUAUUUUUUCUAUUGGCCAUAUUAAGUGCUGUAUACAAUGUGCCAUCAAAGCAUCGAAUCAUUAUUGGAAUCACAUCUAUAAAUAAAUAACAAUCUUAAAGAGAGAAUGUUUAUAACCUAAUGAAAAUUUUUACUGAGACUUAGUUAUCUUAAGGAAAAAGAGUAUUGUAGGUGGUAAAAACAUUUGUUAGUGGAAAAUUACUGAACUGAUAACUUUAGUGUAAAAUAAAUGUAUAAGAAACUAUUCUGUGUAGAUGUCUGUAAAAAAAAUUGCUUUAUGGUUUUUGAAAUGUUACAAGAAAUUGUUCCGUCUUUAAAUGGGAAAGGGGGAGGGAGGUCUGAAAGUAUGUUGAUAUUUUUGUAAUCAAUAUGCUCCUCUGUGUGUGUGUGUGCGCACGCGCACACACUCCGAUCAAUAAAAAUGCGUCUAUUGUGAACUCAUUUUGCUAUUCACUCUAAGGAACGUUUCCUCAUCUUUGCAGCUGAAUAAACCAACAGCUUUGUAAAUGC